CUCCAGAACAUUGUAGAACGCACUGCAGGCUGCAACUAUUCAGAGGGCAGUGCCGGGUCAGUGGUGUCGUGUUGUUGCGAUCAGCUGUUGCAGUGUCAGUCAGCUGCGCGACAGUGCGGCGAGGCAGUGGAGCGAGAACGACACAGAAGGCAGUUGCAGUCGCGCGGGAGCUCUAGAAGGCAGUGCUGUUCAGCUGUGUCCCAGCGAUCAGCUGUUGCAGUCAGUGUAUGUCAACUGUCGCGAUGUUCCUGCUGUUGUGUGUGUUUGCCACACUGCUCAUGGGGGUGGCCGAGGCCCAACGCCGCCCUGAUCCCGCCAGACGAGCCCUCUACCGCCUGGAGAAGAUAGAUGUGGACACGAUGCUAAGCAAUAAUCGCAUCAUGACCAACUAUGUCCGCUGCUUCGUCGGCAAGGGCGCGUGCUCCCCUGAGGGCCGUGAUUUCAGAAAACUGAUUCCGAAGUUGACAGCUACUGCAUGUGGUGACUGUACCCCAAACCAACAAAGAAUCAUCAAGAAGAUAUUUCUGUUCAUGUACACGCAGCGCAACAAUGACUGGAAACAGCUCCAAGACACGUUUGAUCCCAAACACAAGUUUGAGAAGAAAAUCUGUGAUUUCAUGGGAGUUGAGAAGACGAAGCCAUAAUUUCAUUUAUAAAUUAGAAAAACCCUUGAAGACUGUCUCUGUAUCUUUUGUUAUUGUAUAUAAUUAGUUAUCAAUAAAUUUCGUUUACAAUUUUA